UUCGUUAACAAGCUUGAUGUUGGGAAUAUGUGGCACAGCGUUGUGCAUACAGUGCGCCUUUGGUCGGACAAACCGGUAACAUCAGGUAGCAGUAUCAGAGUCCUUGAGCUUCAUCAGGUAGUGUCGGCAAAAGAACGCAGCUUCAUUGAAGUGUUACAUCAGCUGAGUGGUGAAGAGCAGUGGAGUAAUAUCAUAUUGCUCUUUUUGCGAAAGAUGAUUGUUUCUUUGACAAAAACACGUUUAACUUCGGUUACCCAGCAUGGUCGUAACAUCCGAUGUAUUCUGGUUUGCGCUCGAAUACUCCUACAAGAUGGCUCGGACGAGGAAACAAGGAGGCUAGUGAGCGCUGUUUUGCGAUAUUUGAUCGAACGGGACACGUCAGAUAAAGUGGAUGAGUUGUGCGCUAUUUUUAACAAAGUCAUCAUGUCACGUCUGAAGAAAACUACACCAAUUAGUAGCCUCACUUGUUUAACAAAACUUGAUGAUGCUAUCUAUCGUGGUUGGUUUGAAGAAGCUGUAAAUGCCGCUGUGAACACCGGUGGUUUGGAUUUGCAUUCUUUUGAGGCAGCAACAUCAGCACAUGCGAGCGGCACUCGUCCAAGUGUUCUUCCACCUCUGAUAAAAUAUGAGUUCGCGAAAACAGAUCCAGCAUAUAUGGUCGACUUAGUGAAAAUUGAGGAACAUGCUCCAGCAAAUGGUAUCCCCUAG